AGCAGUAGCACCCCAACCCAUGGAUAUUGGAUAGAUACAUCACAACUUGUAUCUAACCAUCCUCUGAUUUUCCUACACUGAAAUCAUUAAGCGAGAAGAGGUUCUUUUUUUUUUUGUUUUUGUUUUUCAAGAACAGAAGAAAAAGAUUAUUCCCUUUUUAUUGUACUCUCUCUCUCUCUCUCUCUCUGUCUCUCGCUCGCAUAUUUAUCCAUUCUCCGGUCUCGAGGACGACCGCCAUUUCCAUAAUUCAAAGCUCCAUUUACCAGAAACUGUUUGUUGUUUCUUUUAUUUGAGUUUUCAGGUUGUGACUUCCUGCGGAAUGUAUUUCUUGUAAUAGAGCACCUGGAAGUUUUACUGCUGAAUCUGAUGAGGCAGGGGCUGGAGACUUGGGGUUAUAGAAAGUGAACUAAGCCUCAUUGAAAAAGUGUUACAAGUCAUACUCCAGAACUGGUCAAUUCGAGAAGAACAUAGUAAUCCGUGCUGUGGAUUUCCAGUGGCAUGAUUGUUAAUCAUUACUUGGAGCUGAAUUAAGGCCAAUGUGUAUAUUCCUUAUGCCGGCACUCGUUGUUGCAGGUAAUUAGUUGUGAAGUUUCUUAGUUGGACAACCCCUUGUUGCAAAAUUGUGUACAAUGACGGAAGCUGAUAGUGAAAUUAUAAAACCUGAGAUGCUGAAGGCUUUUGUGUGGCUUCAAAUGUCUGAUGGUUCAAUACAGCAAGUAGAGCAAGAGGUUGCCAUGUAUUGCCCAUUUAUAUGUCAGGAAAUACACUCAGGCAUGGGAUCUUCAAAGAAUUAUCCCAUCUCUCUUCCUUCACGGGUCAAUCCUCCCAUGCUGAGCCUGAUUCUUGACUAUUGCAGAUUUCAUCAAGUACCCGGCCGUUCUAACAAGGAGAGGAAGUCCUUCGACGAGAAGUUUGUCCGAAUGGAUACUAAGAGGCUUUGUGAGUUGACAUCUGCUGCUGACAGUCUGCAGCUGAAGCCACUUGUCGAUCUCACUAGUCGAGCUCUUGCUCGGGUGAUUGAAGGAAGGACACCUGAGGAAAUACGAGAGAUAUUUCAUCUGCCUGAUGAUCUUACAGAGGAAGAGAAGUUGGAGCCCAUAAAAAACACCAUGGAUGAUCCAAGGAUUCGGCUGUUGAAUAGAUUGUAUGCUAGGAAAAGGAAAGAAUUAAAAGAAAGAGAGAGAUUAAAGAAUGUUGAGGUUGAAGAGGAACAUGCAGAUGAGCGUUCAGUGGAUGACCUCUUAUCGUUUAUUAAUGGAGACAAUGAUGAUUCUAAGGGUAGUAGAACUUCUAAAAAUAAAAAGAAGAAUCGUAAGAGGAAAGAUCAUCACAAAACUACACCUUCAAACAGCACGUCAUCUUCAAGCAAUGCUGUAGAUAUGAACAAGAAGGAAUCAAAUGAGCUUGAUUCUGUGUGCAGUAAACCUUCAUUACAUGGCAAGCUUCUGACCGAUGUUUGCCACGAAACAAAGUUGCUGGACACUGAAGAUGCCGGAUUAGCAGCUGAAGAUGAGUUUGAUGAUUGUGAUUUAGAUGAUGAUAUUGACCCUGCACUAAAAGAAAAAAUUGAUAGGGAAGUGGAGGACUUUGCCAGAAGGUUGAAUUCAGAUUGGCCAGAGAGAAUGCAAGAGAUUCUUUCUUUGGGUCAAGAGAAAAGACCGCUACGGUUAACCAUUAAUGGAAAUGGUUCCUUGAGGAGAUAAACAAGCUUAGAUCAGCACCAGAAAUGAUCCUCAGAAUACACUUAUUCAACUUCAAAAUGGAGACCCACCAGAAAAUUUUUUGGUCAAUGUAUCUGACCGGGACACCAACUUGGAACAUACAUCAAUGUGGAUUGAGACUCAAUUUCAUCGGCGAAUUUUUGACGCUGUUAGAGACAGUUUUGCAUUUGUGUUGACCUCUCGUGUUUACAGGAAACAAUAAGGGAAAGAAUGGUUUUAAGAUGCCAACACCAGCCAUUUUUUUCACUCUCUUUCUUCAACUUCCCUUCCCUUUCUUUUUCCUCCUCCUUUUUUCUCCUUUUCCUUUUGUCUGUUUGGAAUUUUAUCAGAGACAGACAGGACACUGAGAAUUUCACCGCUAGAGGGACCCGAUGUAGUCAUAGACUGUUGUUUGCUUUUUGUAACAGAGUGUCAACUAUGUGAUUAGACACGGUAUUGCUGCUGGUAAGUCACACCAGCCAAGUGAGUUGGAAGUACUGUAAAUAUCAGGGAUCUGACGUGAUUUAGUUAUGGGCAGGAUGUCAUUUUUGUGGA